UCUCGACCGCACGGCGACUCAACGAGGCGAGAAGGGGAGCAGAGAGGAGGAGUAGUAGAGCCACCCCAACUCUCUCCCUCCCUGUCCUCCAGCCCGCUCCUCUGCAUUGCUCUUACCAGCCGGGCCCAGGCAAAGCGCACGGCAGCACGGCACCCCUCUCUUACUCUCGUUCCAACACCACCUCCACUACCAUCCGUUCGCCCGACACUCCGUACACUCCCAACAACACUGCCAUCCACCCGCUCUCUCCUCCUUCACUCCGUACACUCACAUGCACCCCUCUCUCCUCCCAACACCACGACGGCCAUCCCCCUGUACCCACCCACCCACCCCACCGCUCCUCCCUGCCCCUCUGCCCCUCUGCGAUGGAUACGGACUGGGUCGUGAUUUCAGCAGCGGCUGAGAGAGUGCGCCUGGCGGCUCGAGACGAGAACAGCGCGGAUUCGUAUCCUCGUGUGCACGUGUGAUAGACACUCCUGAGCGCGCGUCUCUUCUUCCCGCGUGUGUCUGUCUGUCUGUCCCUGUAAGCCUCGCUCGUUGUGUGUGUGUGGUCAUCUCCUCGUGCUGUCUCCCGUUAGGCACUUUUGCUUGCUUAUCCGUCUUGUCUCUUUAAAACUAAGAAACGCAACCUCGCUCACUCACUCACUCCAACAACAGCCACCACUUUUGUUUUCUCUCCUCCUCCUCUUCCAAGACACACCUCCCUCCCUACCUCCUCUCAAAGUCCUCCUUGCGCGACUCCUGUCCUCCCUCCUCCUCCCUCCUCCUCCAUCAUCAUCAUCCAUCCUCCUCCUCCUCGGUCUUGCCGCGUUGCCCGAGUUGCCCACACACGCGCACCCCGAUGCUGGGCUCUCAGGGCCGGGGAGUCCAAGCGCCGCUGCCGUCUCGACCGUGCCCGGCAGGGCUGAGCCUCGACCCCAGCGCGUUCCAUGUCUCCGUGGCAAGCCUAGGAGGAGAAGUCCUCCUCCUGCUGCUGCUGCUGCUCCUACCGCCGCCGCUCUGGUGGCGGGCUCCGCGUCCGUGCCUCCAGUGCGAGCUCCCGUUGGCCGGCCCGGACACAUGCAGGCAAAGAAGCGCUACGUCCUAGUGUCAGCGGGCGUCUGUCUACUGCUUCUCUUCUACCUGGGCGGCGUGCAGUUCGGGCAGCUGGUGGCGGCUCGCGGGGGCUGCAGCCCGCAGCUGGUGGCGCGCGAGAACAACGCCGCCGCCUCCGACAACCCGCCAGGAUGCCGCCGCUGGCCGGCGUGGGUCGGGCUCCGGCUACCGGCCGGCUUGCCCGCGAUGGACGAGGAGCAGGAGGAUGGCGGGGAGGAGGAUGGGGACGGGGGGCAGCAGGAGGUCGAGGCGAUGGGUUCGAUCCCGGACGAGCGAGCAGCAGUAGGAGGAGGCGGCGGUGGUGGUGCUGGAGGAGGAGGAGGCGGUGGGGGGGUAAACGUGUCGCCCCGACGCAGACGCGAGAUCUGGGACAGCGUGUACCGCGGGAGACGCUGUCGCAUGGAGAGCUGCUUUGACAUCAAGCUGUGCGAGAGGAACGGCUUCUGGGUGUACGUGUACCCGCAGCAGCAGCAGCAGCAGGGCGGCAAAGCCGAGAAAAUCUCCGAGAGCUACCAGAAGGUCAUUGCCUCCAUCCAGGAGUCGCGCUUCUACACGCAGGACGCGAGCAAAGCGUGCCUCUUUGUGCUGGCCAUAGACACCCUGGACCGAGACUCCCUCUCCGGUCACUACGUGCACAACGUGAGAGCCAAGAUCCAAAGCCUGCCGCUCUGGAACAACGGCAGAAACCACCUGGUGUUCAACCUGUACUCGGGGACAUGGCCCGAUUACACGGAGGAGCUGGACUUCGACAUUGGCCAGGCGAUGCUGGCCAAGGCGAGCAUCGGCGUGGAGAACUUCAGGCCGAACUUUGACGUGUCAAUCCCCUUGUUCUCGAAAGACCACCCGCAGAAGGGCGGCGAGCGAGGCUUCCUUGAGCAGAACAGCAUUCCGCCCACCAGAAAAUACCUGUUGGUGUUCAAGGGGAAACGCUACCUGACCGGCAUCGGCUCGGACACCAGGAAUGCCUUAUAUCACGUCCACAACGAACAGGAUAUCAUUCUGCUGACCACCUGCAAGCACGGCAAGGAAUGGUGGAAGCACAAGGAUGCCCGCUGCGACAGGGACAACCAAGAAUACGAGAAGUACGACUACCAGGAGAUGCUACACAACUCCACGUUCUGCCUGGUGCCACGUGGUCGACGCUUGGGCUCCUUUCGUUUCCUCGAGGCGCUGCAGGCUGCAUGUGUUCCAGUGCUCCUUAGCAAUGGCUGGGAGCUUCCCUUCUCCGAGGUGAUCGACUGGAGCAAGUCCGUCAUUCGCGGGGAGGAGAGGCUGCUUCUUCAAAUCCCAUCGGUCGUUAGAUCAAUUGACCAUGACAAGAUUUUGGCGCUCAGGCAGCAAACCCAGAUGCUGUGGGAGGCUUACUUCUCUUCCGUUGAGAGGAUAGUGCAGACCACACUUGAGAUAAUUCAAGACCGGAUAUUUUCACACAUAGCCAGAAAUAAAAUGCUGUGGAACCAAUCGCCUGGUGGACUGUACGCUCUGCCACAGUAUUCCACGGAUUGCGCUGAUUUCCCAUUUUAUUACGCUACUUUGGGGAUCAAGCCUUUGGAGCAGUUCACAGCCGUUAUUUAUGUCGUUUCCCCACUAAUCUCCCAGUCCCAGCCUAUCAUCAAACUCAUACUCGCUGUUGCAAAAUCCAAGUACUGUUCACAAAUUGUGAUUCUGUGGAACUGUGACAAGCCCAUGCCAGCAAGAAACAAGUUGCCAGACACCACAGUGCCUCUAAUAAUGAUUGAGGGAGAGAACAAGGUGAUGAGCAGCCGGUUUCUACCCCUGGACGUCAUUCAGACUGAUGCCGUUUUGGGUCUCGAUGAAGACACGGUCCUCUCCACAAAUGAGGUGGACUUCUCCUUCACGGUGUGGCAGAGCUUUCCCGAGCGGAUCGUUGGCUACCCGGCUCGCAGCCACUUCUGGGACAGCAACAAGGGGCGGUGGAGCUACACUUCUAAAUGGACCAACGAUUACUCCAUGGUUCUCACCGGGGCUGCGUUUUACCACAGGUACUAUCAUUAUCUGUACACAUAUCACCUUCCCGAGAGCUUGAAGGCAAUGGUGGACCAAAUGGCAAACUGCGAAGACAUCCUCAUGAACUUUCUGGUGUCGGCUGUGACUAAGCUUCCACCCAUCAAGGUCACUCAGAAGAAGCAGUACAAAGAGACAAUGAUGCAGCAGCAGGGCUCAAAGACGUCUCGCUGGGCAGACCCCGACCACUUUGCACAGCGGCAGACCUGCAUGAACACCUUUGCCGCGUGGUUCGUGCACAUGCCACUCAUCCGCUCGCAGAUGCGCUUAGACCCUGUGCUCUUCAAGGACCAGGUGUCCAUCCUGCGUAAGAAAUACCGUGACAUUGAGCGGCUCUAAGUGACUAAGAUCUGUACCGUGUAACAUCCGCGGCUCAGCAGGAUGCCCAUGAAGCAGAGCCCAACCGCUUACCGGGGCUCUUUCCUGCUGAAAUAAAUACACAUCUAUCUAAAUCUAUGUAGUGGCAAAGAGGGGAGAAAGGAGGGGGGGGGGGGCAAAGAGAAGAAAACUAAAAGUAAAUGAAGAUCGAAAGGGAUGCAGAAAAUGAGAAGAGGCGAUGAAGGAGGGUCAGAGAGAGGUGAUCGCAGGGUGACGUUUUCGCAAUUUGCAGGAAUCGGUCAACUACUCGCCGGUGACGUUCAAAGCAAGUUGAGGAGGUUCCCAUGCGCAUGCUCAAGUACUGAAAGUAAAAUACUAAGACCUGAGGGUCAUUCUCAAAGAAACAGAGAGAAAUGACUUUGAACUCAAUUCAGUUAAUCCAUAAAUGCCAGAAAUGCUUUGAUAUCUAUAGUUUAACAUAAUGGCAUUUUCUAAUACGGUGUUAGACAAAGAAAAUCCAGUGCAUCAUACAGUAAUGUCAAAGCCUUAAACAUCAAUACGGUAAUGAUCAUGUUGUUAGCAUGAGUGAACUAUUGUUUAUGUUUCAGCACUGUCUGAGGGUACCUAAACAAUGUGUUGAUUGACUUUACCUGUUUACUUAAUUCCAGACCUUUUUUUCCCCCCAUUUAAUUGUUCCGUCUUCUUAGGCAUCUUAUUGUACGAAUAUUACUUGAUCACGUAAAAUCUAUAUGAAGAGCGGCUGAUUGAGCGUUCGUUAGCAGGUAUACGAUGCAUGUGGUGCACAUGGAACUGCGAACGGGGGAGACUCGGUCCUGAAUGCAGGAUUAUUGCAAUUGUUAAGGCACUGUGGCCUGUAUAAAACAUUUUAAAUGUUUUCAAUGUGCACUGUUGUUUUCAAUUUAAAGCAUCGACAUAUUCUUUUUAAAAUUUAUUUCAGUGCAUUUGUCAAUCGACGUGGCUCUGUAUUCAUUAAAAAACAACUUUUUUUUUUACUCUUAUCUCAUAUUACAAACUGAUUUUAAGCCGAGGCCUCUUGUAGCAUCCUUCAAAAGGGGCCCCACGCCAAACCCAUUUCCUGGAGGGAGAUGAAAACGGUAACACUCGUUUCAUGUUUUCGCAUUUAGGAAAUAAAUUAAGUGUUUGUGAAUGCCUCCCACAGAGCAGCAGACAAAUGAAAAAAAAAAAGCCACCAACUUAACAAGUGCAAUGAAUGUUUGUGCAAAAGUAUAAACACGAUGUGAAGUUUAGUUUGCUUUGUAAAAGUACAUUCGGUUGUGGAACGAUUUAUAUUGUAGAAGUAUCUCUUCAGAAACUGUAUAACUACAGGCGUUCAUUAUUCACGUAUUUAUUAGUUCUCAUUUACAUGUCCAUAAUGCAAAGCAUCAACACGCGGCAGUUUGAAACAUAUUAUUGAUUUGUUUAUGGAACCAUUAAAAGAAAUCCGCGUCGUCGACGGACAUGGAUUUCUGGUUUACGUUUUUAUUAUUCACAUCGAUUUUUAUGGCUUUCAUUAAAUCGGAAUCAUUAAGGUGUGCCCAGUGUCAUCAAAUUACCCUUUCAAAACGUAUUGUUAAACUCGAGAUUAAUAGGCUCAUUUUAGGUCAUCAGAUAUGCUAGAUGCAGAAUGCCGAAUAGUUUUUGUUGCUCGUGUUUAUGCAACUGGUUAGCAAUGCUGACACGUUUUGCUUUUAUCGUUUGUUUACGGAACAGACAAUAACAUGCUAGUGUGCUUGAUCAAUGUGGCUUGACUUGAUAAAGUAAUUGCAAGGGGUGUAACAGACUUAAACGAACAUUAUCCGCAGAAGAGUUGCAGCAGCCGGUAAAUUAUUGAUAA